AUGGUCGACCACGGUCCCGUGUUAAGAGACUCAGAAAGAGGCAUGAAGCAACUUGAUGACCCGAGUCUCCCAGCUACCAAUGGCCAUCAUCUCCCAGCAAAUGACCCAGACAGCCCAAUGAAUUGGCCAAUGGUUCGAAGACUAUAUGUAUCUCUGGUUUCUUGGCUCUUCACUGCCGUGGUUGGCUUUGGCCUUACAUCCUAUACGGUUGCCAUUCCAGAGAUCAUGGUGGAGUUCAAUAUCAGUAUGCCAGUCGUCACGCUCGGGUUUUCUCUAUACAUAUUUGGCAUAUUCUUUGCAUCAAUCCAUACGCCACAUUGGAGCGAACGAUUCGGCCGCAAACCUGUAUACCUUGUCAGCCUCUUCCUCUGCAUGCUCUUCACACUCGGUGCGAGUCGUAGCAGGACAUGGUCGGCGCUCGCAGCAACUCGUUUCUUCGCCGGCCUAUGUGGUGGACCAUGCUUGGUCUUGAUCGAGGGCACUUUUGCCGAUGUCUGGUCCGUUUGUGCCACCAACACAUACUAUUCCUUUCUUGCCGCUGCCGCUAAUGUCGGAGCCGGCCUUGGUCCUAUCGUCCUCGGUUUCGUUGUUCCGGUCACCUCAUGGCGCUGGACUCAGUACGUCAGCCUCAUGGCCAUGUUCGCCGCUUUCCUCUUCGGUGUAGGCAUGCCCGAAACGUAUCCUCGACGAAUCGUUCGAACCCGAGCCAAGCGAGCUGGUCGACCAGACAAUCUUCCAAAAGCAGAAUCCGGAGUCACCUUAGCGGAAAUGGCCAAAGUCACCAUCAUUGAUCCUCUAAUUAUGCUCGUCUCAGAGCCCAUCGUCAUAAUGUCCUCCCUUCUUCUCGGCGCCAACUUCGGCUUCCUAUUUCAGUGGUUCAUCACCGUUCCAGUUGCACUGGGAUCAGCCUACAGCUUCACUAUUCAGAGCGUUGGACUCGCCUUCACUUCUGCACUAGCUGGUACAGUGCUUGCGCUCACCAUGUCAGUCCUCCUAGACAUGCUUUUCCGCCCUCGUGGCAACAAUAAGAAAAUGGGCAUGCUGCCGAACAUUGAAUAUCGUCUCUACCCAGCCAUGAUAGGCGCUCCUUUGAUGAUGGCCGCACUCUUCUGGGUGGGCAAUACCGCCAAGCCCACCGUUAACUACAUCGUUCCCAUCGUCGGAACUACAGUCUACGUCUGGGGUAGCAUGUCCGCCCUCAUCGGCAUCAUCGCCUAUCUCUUUGACGCCUAUCCACCCAAGGGCACACUAGCCGCUCUCACGGCGGUGGCAUGUUUCCGUAUUGCCCUCGCGGGCGUCAUCCCGCUAGUCGUUAUUCAGAGCUUUAUGCGCGCUACGCCGAUGUGGACAUUGGGGGCAUUUGGGUUUGCCGUCUUGGCCUUGAGUCCGGUGCCAUUUGUUAUGUUCUUCUUUGGUCAAAGCAUGCGAAAGAGGAGUAGGUACAAUGCUGGCCUGAUGGAUCAGAUGAUGCAGACCCAGAGCCCAGAGAUGGAGACCCAUACCACGGCGCAACAGGACAGCGUCAGUCCUCAUGAGUGA